UUUUUUUUUUUUUUUUGGGUUCUUUGUUUUUGCUACGUGCGACUACUGGGCGGGCACUGGCAAACAGUAUAGUAAUUUAUUCACUUUGUUGAAACCUCAAAAUUUUUGUUUGAAUUAGUUGUAGUGUUGCUUUUACUAGUACUAGUACUAACUAGCCUAGUGGAUUCUCUCGCACUCUCUUGGACCUUAUUGCUCUUGAUGGAAGAUUGGUAGCUUUCGAUUUCAGUGGCUCUUGCUUUUUCUCAUCUUUACUGAUGGAUUAUCUACUGCUUGGGUUUUCUUGAUUUUGUCUACUCAGUUGAUGUUUCCCAUUUUCCCCAGAGUUUGAUUUCUAUCACUUGCUGGUUUUCUUGAUUUUUGAGAGGUGUAUAUUGUGUGAAUUGACAAUGGUUUCGAGGUCAUACUCGAACUUAUUGGACCUUGCUUCUGGCGAAUCCCUAACUUUUGGGCGGGCGGGGAAGAAACUCUCCCGGGUUGCCACUGUGGCCGGGGUGUUAUCUGAGCUUGACGACGAGAGUAGAAGCAAUGGUGGUUCGGAUGUUCCCUCCUCGAUUUCUCAAGAGAGGAUGAUUAUUGUUGGGAACCAGCUUCCUCUUCGGGCGCAUAGGAGAACAGAUGGGGAAGAAGGGUGGAACUUUAGUUGGGACGAGGAUUCUCUUCUCUUGCAGCUCAAAGAUGGGCUUGGGGAAGAUGUGGAAGUGAUUUAUGUUGGUUGUCUCAAGGAAGAAAUAGAUCCGAACGAGCAAGACGAUGUGGCCCAAACUUUGCUCGAAACAUUCAAAUGUGUCCCGGCUUUCAUUCCUCCCGAGCUCUUCAGCAAAUUCUACCAUGGUUUUUGUAAACAGCAGCUAUGGCCUUUGUUCCAUUACAUGCUUCCUCUCUCCCCGGAUCUCGGUGGCAGGUUCGACCGCAACCUGUGGCAAGCAUAUGUGUCCGUGAACAAAAUAUUCGCGGAUAAAGUGAUGGAAGUGAUAAGCCCCGAUGAUGAUUUCGUGUGGGUUCAUGACUACCAUUUGAUGGUGUUGCCAACGUUUCUGAGGAAGAGGUUUAACCGAGUGAAGCUAGGAUUCUUCCUGCAUAGCCCAUUCCCGUCUUCAGAGAUAUACCGAACUCUACCAGUACGAGCUGAGCUUCUUCGAGCUCUCCUCAACUCCGACCUUAUUGGCUUUCAUACCUUCGAUUAUGCCAGGCAUUUCCUUUCGUGUUGUAGCAGAAUGCUCGGGAUUCCAUAUCAGUCCAAACGAGGCUACAUCGGGCUAGAGUACUAUGGGCGAACCGUGAGCAUUAAGAUUUUGCCAGUUGGUAUCCAUAUGGGGCAACUUCAAUCCGUGCUGGACCUUCCCGAGACUGAAGCUAGGGUUGCUGAGCUUCGAGAUAAAUUCCGUGGCCAGACAGUGUUGCUCGGGGUUGAUGACAUGGACAUAUUCAAAGGAAUAAGCCUUAAACUCCUAGCCUUUGAGCAAUUCCUAAUUCAACAUCCUGCUCUAAGAGGAAAAAUCGUUUUGGUUCAAAUUGCAAAUCCAGCCCGAGGCAGAGGGAAAGACGUGCAGGAGGUCCAGUCUGAAACCGAUACCACUGUCAAGAACAUCAACCGGAAGUUUGGAAAGCCGGGAUACGAGCCAGUUAUUCUAAUCGAUACCCCUCUUCAGUUCUAUGAACGAAUUGCCUACUAUGUAGUAGCGGAGUGUUGUCUUGUGACAGCAGUACGGGAUGGAAUGAAUCUAAUACCUUACGAGUAUGUUAUAUGUCGGCAAGGAACUGAUAGGCUGGACGAGACCUUGGGGCUAAACCCGACAACGCCUAAAAAGAGCAUGCUGGUGGUAUCAGAGUUCAUUGGGUGCUCCCCAUCGCUUAGCGGUGCAAUUAGAGUCAACCCGUGGAAUAUUGAUGCAGUCGCUGAAGCAAUGGAUUCCGCUUUGGUUGUUUCCGAGCCUGAGAAACAGAUGAGGCACGAGAAACAUUACAAGUAUGUGAGCACUCACGACGUUGCAUAUUGGGCACAUAGCUUUAUGCAAGACCUUGACCGAGCCUGUGGGGAUCACGUGAAGAGGAGGUGUUGGGGUAUCGGGUUUGGCUUAGGCUUCCGAGUAAUUGCCUUGGACCCUAGCUUCAGGAAGCUAUCGGUUGAACAUAUCGUGUCUGCUUACAAAAGGACCAAGAACCGGGCAAUUCUUUUGGACUACGAUGGCGCUAUGACACUCCCGAAUUCUAUCAGCAAGGGUCCAAACGACGAGGCUGUUGGUAUCCUAAAUAACUUGUGCAAGGAUCCCAAGAAUGUCGUUUUCCUCGUUAGUGGAAAAGACAGACAGACUUUAACUCAAUGGUUUUCCUCCAGUGAAAAUUUGGGAAUUGCAGCCGAGCAUGGAUAUUUCGUUCGGCCAAGUCGGAAUGAAGAAUGGGAAACUUCUAUUGCGGUGCCAGAUUUCUACUGGAAGCAAAUUGCUGAACCCGUAAUGGUACUCUACACGGAGACAACUGACGGUUCUUUUAUCGAGACCAAGGACAGUGCCCUCGUUUGGAAUUACCAAUAUGCAGAUCGGGAUUUCGGGUCGUGUCAAGCCAAGGAGCUCCAAGAUCACCUCGAAAGUGUUCUUGCUAAUGAGCCUGUUUCUGUCAAGAGUGGCCCUCACAUUGUCGAGGUUAAGCCUCAGGGAGUGAACAAAGGUCUUGUGGCAGAACGACUGCUAGCGAUGAUGAAGCAGAAGGAUAUGCUGCCUGAUUUCGUGCUGUGCAUCGGGGAUGACAGGUCAGACGAGGAUAUAUUCGAGGUGAUAAUGAGUGCGGUGGCUCAAGAAUCGCUGUCCCCGGUUGCUGAAGUGUUCGCUUGCACAGUCGGGCAGAAGCCCAGCAAGGCAAAGUACUACCUCGAGGACACCUCUGAGAUCCUGAGGAUGUUGCAGGGCCUCGCGACUGCUUCUGAGCAAUCUGCUCGAGCCAUCCCCCGCUCUUCUCAGCAGGUUAUCAUUGACAGAGAAUAGAGCCCGGGAAAUUAAAGAACAAAAAAAAAACAUCAUGUCUCUUCAUUUUUUAGUAUAAACUGAGUUUCCCUGGGUUGUUCUGUUGGCCAGAUUGGUCUUUCUCUGGUAAGAAUAUGGGAUUUUAUUUAUCUUGAGUCAAAGAAAUUCUUAGGUUUAUCUUUAUGUUGUUUAAUAUGUUAUAUGAUUAUGCAACUUAUGUUGUUACUCAGGUAUGACAGUGAAAUAUGCAAAUAUGGCUUCUUUUUUUU